AGAUGUGACCAGAAACGGCCCCUCCUCCAAAGAAGACGUGUCGCGCUUUCCCCUUCCCUCCUGCUUCCCUGUCGCAGGCCCAUCCCUUCAUUUUCCCUCUCCCCCUUCCAGAACAACUCAUCUGGUCUGCUUGUUUUGGGCUGAGCCACCCACACAUUCUCCGUCUGUUGUUUUCCUUCUUUUUUCUCUCUUCUGCAACAAGAGCUUCGCCAAUCCUCUUAAUGUCAUUGUCUCUCUGGCCCUGCUGAGCUUUCUUCUUGCAACUGCUUGAACCCCUCGAGCCGUGCACAAACAACAGCUCCAACGAGCCCACUCCACCAAUACCAAGUAAACAAACCGUCAUUUUCGCAUCGCAUUCCCGUCGCAUUCCUCACGUUCGAAUACCCAAAGGCUACCAUGGCCGCCGCAACGUACAAGCAGUUCUUGACUGCUCCCAACUCGUCGCUGCUCGCGCCCAAUGCGACUCUCUACUACAUUACCACCACUACCACUUACAAUGGCCCUACCGAUAUCAUUAAGCACCUCAACACUUUGCGCAACCAGGUGAAGAAGAAGAAGGAGGAGAUCCUGGACAUCGUCGAGGGCCGCGAUGCCAUCGCUGCAGAGGUUGACACUACCCUAGAGUUUGUCACCAGCGGCGGCGCAUACCUGCCUGGUCUCGAUGACAACUUCCUGUCUGACCGGACUGUCUACCUUCCGAUUAUGCACGUUGUGAACUUCGAUAGCGAGGGCAGGGUCGCCCAGAUUCGCCAAUCUUGGGACCAGGGCGCCCUCCUCAAACAGUGCGACAUCAUUGGAAAGUCGGGCCGCAACUGGCCCAUCCGGGAUAGCACCGAGCAAAUCAAGUUGAUCACCAAGGGCUUGAAGGCCAACGGCAAGGUCGAUGCCCCGGCUCCCGACUUCAACGAGUUGACCCACCGAUCGCGAGGCAGCUCAACCAAUGUGCUGCGAGACCCUCAUGCUUCUCUGUCUCUGUUUGCGCCCAGAGAGGAGCAGGAAGAAGAGGCACCCCGAGCUGUUGUGUCACCUUAUGCGGGUACCCGACCUCAGCAACGGUCCUUCAACGAUAUCCUUGGCCCCCAGCACGAGGAACCCAGCUCCCCCAGCGCCGGACGUGAGCGCGAUGAGUCUCCCAGCAAGUUUGGCGCUCCGAAGGCUGGAGCCGGAAAGAACUUCCAGCCCAGCCGCUUGUUCGACGCCGAUGAGCACGCAGAUGUGCCCGACAGCCCCGAGCAGAAGUCUCCCGAGAAGUUCUACAGACCCAACCCCAAGAAGUUCCAGCACUUUGACUUCGCCGAUGGUUCAGACCCACAAGAUACUCCCAAGCCUGCCGAGGGUCGUCCUAAGGCUAGCAAGCACGACAGCAGUUGGUCUUUCGACGAUUUCACGACGCCGCAAAAGAUUAAGCCCGGGAAGACACUGCGCACUCAGGACGUCCGCCACUGGGAUACCGAUGUGAACAACUCGGCGAUUAAGGAGACCCCUGUCGCCCGGCAGCAACAGGUCAAGGGACGCCGCGACGCCGAGGCGCACUUUGAUUUCGAGGAUGAUGGCCCGCAAAAGACACCGCGUCCCGCGGGCCGACCCAAGGGCACUGCGCACAACACUGGCCUUCACCUGUAUGAGAACAACCUGUACAGCGAAGACGGCAAGCCCCUUCCUGGAACCGACUCUGACCGCGCAUUGGGUAACAUUACAAACCUCAACCAUCGUCACAAGGACUUUGACCCCCAUUUCGCCAUGACAGAUGAUUCGCCGAGCCAGUCGGGCCAGCAGGGGCGACCCGCAGUCAGUGACUCCCGCAAGAAGGUGGUGAGCAACAUGGACUCCCACUGGGAUUCAUAUGACGAGUCUCCCGCCUCUCAGAAGGAGAACAAGCCCCAGGUGUCUUCAAAGGGCAAGGGCGGUAUCCACAUCGCUGGAGACGGCAUGGGCUCGAAGAAGGUCAAAGAGGAGAAGGAGGGCGACUCGAAGGGCAUCCACAUCGCCGGAGACGGCAUGGGUGGCAAGAAGGGCACCAACCGCAACUGGCUCUACGGAGACGACGACCUCGACGACAUUCCCAAGGCCGUUCCUCCCAAGGGUGGCUCAGGCUUGACCUCGGCCCAGAAGAGCUUUUGGGACUUCUAAGCGCAACGGACGGACACCCUGGCAUCCCUCGAAAGAAGAAGCCAGCGCCACUGGCCCGGUGUCUUGACUGUUCUUGUUACGAUUAAAUGUUUUGUGCCACGCUGCCCAUGAUUCACGGGAGCGUUUCAUUGCUGCCAGUGUGCUAUUCCUUUCCCGACUACUCAUCCUUCCAUCAUGUUGUCGCGUGAUGGAGUGGGACUCGGACUAGGGGAAGUAGGAUAUCUGGCUAAGAAUACCUGGAUGUAAAAUUGCUGUACCACCCGUGAGAAAAAGAAAGAGAGAGAGAG